AUAAGGGGCCGGGCCGGCUUCCCGGGCAGGCUGCGAAAGCGACCAGCUCGAGAGAACGCAUCAGGUGAGAGAACCCCGCGCGUUCCCGCCGACUUCGCCCGGAGCCCUUCAACAAGCCUGCCCUUCCCGCCCGAGCUGUCGGCCCGCCGGCCCCCGAGCACCACUCCGACGGAGUCCCCGGGCCUUUUCACCGUGGCCGCUCCAGCCCCCGGAGCGCCUUCUCCUCCCGCCACGCUGGCGCACCUCCUUCCCGCCCCGGCGAUGUACAGCCUGCUGGAGACUGAACUCAAGAAUCCCGUGGGGCCACCCACCCCAGCCGCGGCCACCGGUGGCCCCGCAGCUCCCGGCGCUGUGGUCAAGAGUAACCAGAACCCAGCCGGCGGCGCGAACGCAGGCAGCGGGGGCAGCGGGGGCGCGAACGGCGGCGGCGGUGGCGGGGGCAGCGACCAGGACCGUGUCAAGCGACCCAUGAACGCUUUCAUGGUGUGGUCCCGCGGGCAGCGGCGCAAGAUGGCCCUGGAGAACCCCAAGAUGCACAACUCCGAGAUCAGCAAGCGCUUGGGCGCCGACUGGAAACUGCUGACCGACGCAGAGAAGCGGCCGUUCAUCGACGAGGCCAAGCGACUGCGCGCGGUGCACAUGAAGGAGUACCCGGACUACAAGUACCGGCCCCGCCGCAAGACCAAGACGCUGCUCAAGAAGGACAAGUACUCGCUGCCGGGCGGCCUCCUGCCCCCGGGCGCCGCCGCCGCCGCCGCCGCUGCCGCCGCCGCCGCCGCCGCCAACAGCCCGGUGGGCGUGGGCCAGCGCCUGGACACGUACACGCACGUGAACGGCUGGGCCAACGGCGCCUACUCGCUCGUGCAGGAGCAGCUGGGCUACGCGCAGCCCCCAAGCAUGAGCAGCCCGCCGCCGCCGCCCGCGCUGCCGCAGAUGCAUCGCUACGACAUGGCCGGCCUGCAGUACAGCCCCAUGAUGCCACAGCCCGCCGCCGCCGCGGCCGCCGCCGCCGCCGCCAUGAGCCUGGGCCCCAUGGGCUCCGUGGUGAAGUCGGAGCCCAGCUCGCCGCCGCCCGCCAUCGCUUCGCACUCGCAGCGCGCCUGUCUCGGCGACCUGCGCGACAUGAUCAGCAUGUACCUGCCACCUGGCGGGGACGCGGCCGACGCCGCCUCUCCGCUCCCGGGCGGCCGGCUGCACGGCGUGCACCAGCACUACCAAGGCGCCGGGACUGCGGUCAAUGGAACGGUGCCGCUGACCCACAUCUGA